AUGUUAAACGAAACAUCGAGUGAAAUUAUGAUAUCUGCAAGUCCACAUGUGUUAUCUUAUUUAGGACAAGCUGCAGCCAAAUUAGCUUAUUACAACUUUGAAUGGCGGUAUGUGACUCUAGUUUUAUUUGGAACAUUGCAAUACGCCAUUAGUCCAGUUGACUUUUUAAAACAUUAUGAUAAAUCUGCAGUAGUAGCUACGGCGAAGUAUCGACCCACGGAAACGGUAUCUAUACCGCAGUGUGUAAUAUUUUGGGAAGAUAUUUCUGAAAUAUCUGAAUUGACUAAAUGGCUUGUUAGUACCGAGUUCAAUCGUGCGGGAAAAUAUAUUAUCGUUUGUUCAACUGUUGAUCUUGGUAAAUGUGAUGAAAUUUCUGUUUUUAAAACUAUGGCCAAACUAGUCGUACCUCAUGUAAUAUUUCUGAAAGCUGAUAAUAGAAGUGAGGAAAUUCGGAGCUACACUUACAAAAUCCUUCAACCUGAUACAUGCUUUAACGAUAAACCUGUCCAGAUUAAUAUAAGCCUCGAAUGUCCAAAUGAUGAUUGCUUCAAAGCACUGUUUUCAGAAAGAGUGAGUAACUUCUAUAAAUGUCCUAUUAAAGUGUCAAGCUUCGACCAACCGCCCUUUAUCAAGAUUUAUAAUGAUUCUAGACCGCCUGGCGGCACCGAUGGCGAACUAUUGUCGUUAGUAGCAAACCGAUUCAACGCAACCCUCGUUAUUAAAACUCCUGAUGAUGAAAAAGAUUGUGGACAUUACGAAAACAAUAACUGGACAGGCUCUUUCGGUGACCUCCACAAUGGAAAAGCUUUUGCGUCAAUCUGUUCUAUAAUACCUCUGACCAUUAGUAACUAUGGAAAUUUCCAGAUAUCGAUGGUAUAUAAUACAAUGGAUAUGGUUUGGGUGGCAAAACUACCUCAGCAACAAGAGCCAUGGGUAAAACUUCUGCAUCCCUUCAAGAUCUCCGUCAGAUUCUCGUUGAUUUUAGUAUUUUUAUUGAUUGCCUCAAUUCAUUCCUUGAAAAAAACUUACAUUUGGAAAAGGACCGCAAUGUUAUUAAACAUUUCACAGACUAAUUCAAGUAUUUUUUUUUACGCAUGGAUGAUUAUUAUGGGCAUGCCUGUUACGAAAAUCCCUUCGCGAACCCCGCUCCUAAUAUUACUGACCUCGUGGAUAUUAUUCUGUUAUGUGAUCCGAAGUUCUUAUCAAGCAGCACUUAUAGGUGCGAUAAAACAGACCAUUUAUGAAGAAGCACUUGAAGAUUUCAAGGUGGUGAAAUCAAAUAAAUAUGAAUACGGCGGCAUGGCUUAUUUAAAAGAAUAUUAUGCAGAUGAUCGAGAAGUACAAAGAAAUUGGAAGCUUUUAGAUUUUGCGAAAUCCAAAAGAAUUCUGGAGACUAUCUCAAAUGAGACCUCAGAGUUUGUUUUGGCCAUUAGCAAGGACGUGGUAAUAAAUCACUUAAUUAAAAAUAAUGGAAGAAAACAGCUCCAAAUUAUUCCGGAGAAGAUAGUUAACAGUCCUACAGUUAUUUAUAUGAGAAAACAUUCACCACUUGCUGGCCCACUUAAUUUCAAACUGAGUGCGCUCAUUGAGUCGGGUUUCACGCAACGCAUGCACGCACAAUUUUUACGAAACAAAAGGCUGUUUUUCGAUAUUUCUCAUUUCCGAGGACCGGAACCUUUAAACUUUGGACACUUCUUGGGUAGUUUUUUUAUAUUAAUUUUUGGGUGGAUAAUUUGUAUAAUUUUCUUUUGUAUUGAAAUUUAUUGCGGAAGCGUUUCUGAGUAGUUUUAAACUUUAAAGUAGUGUUUAUUGAUAUGUAAUUCUUUCGUGACCACUAAUAAAAAUACUGAAACACGGUGAAUAUUAUUUACAAAUGAACUCAACAAUAUAAAUUUUGAACUGACUUAUAUAUAAUAUGAUAUAUAAUAUGCAUAUCAUAAAAUGCGCCUCAGAGAAAGCCAUACCUAAGCAUAUAGUGUUCCGAAAUCUAGACUUGCUAUGCAAAGUCUCGGAACCCUAAGAAAACAUAAGAUUGUGCGUUUAAUGUCCCUUUGUCGUAUCCGAUUGACUUGAGACUUCUUUUACUGCCACAGCUUGUAUAAGCUACGUUCAGUUCCGUGGGCACUUGAAAGAGAACGCUAAAUUGGCCUAUAAAAAGCUUGGUGUACUCAGUAAGGUGAGACAGUGGGUUAGGUAGCCAGUUUAGGAUUCCACUACAACCCAUCGUCUGUAACUAUAUAAAGCACAAAUUCCACCACUCAUGAAGUACUGUACUCACCUUUGAGCAGACGCCCCCCGAUGGCAGCUUCUUCCAUUUAACUUUAUACAAAAAAGAGCGACUCGAAUUAUCGAAGCGAUUUGGUUCUUUGGCGUAACGUAGAGAUGUGGGUUCUCUCUGCGUCUUCUACCGCAAUAUUACGGGGAAUGCUCAGAGGAAUUGUUCGUGUUGAUAGCAGCAGCCAAACAUCACUAUCGGACAUUACGUAAAAUUACGAAAUUCCUAAUCGCAUUAUCUUGACGUUUGACAUUCUAUAACCGAGCGUUUUGCGAGCACAGCCACUGUGGAAUCAAUGACCGGCUCUGUUUUUCCAAACCAAUGCGACUUAGAAACCUUCAAGCUUAGAGUAUACCACCAUCCCAACUUAAAGGCCGGUAAAGUAUAUCUUGACCUCUGGUGUUAUGUGUCAUCAUUAUAUCAGUCGGUAGACGUCCACUGCUGUACGAAAGCCUCCCCAAAUAUCUCCAUAACGAUCAGUCCUACGCUGCCCUCAUACAAAGAUUUCCGGCUAUCUUAACCAGAUCAUUGGUCCAUCUUGUUGGGGGCCUGCCAACAUUGCGUCUUCCGGAACGUGGUCGCCUUUCGAGAACUUUACUGCCCCAACGGCUAUCUGUCCGCCGAAACUGUGCUCUGCCCACUGCCUUUCCUGUUUCGCAAUCAUUUGGCUGACUUUGCUUCUCCUACGUGCAUCUCCUCAUUUCUGAUUUCGAUAUCGCAAGGACUCCGAGCAUAGCCUUCUCUAUUGUCCUCUCAGUGACCAUGAGCUUUCUCCUCAGGCCCAUAGUGGCAGACCACGUCUGCGUACCGUAAGUCAUUACUGGCAACACACACUGGUUGCAAAGCUUAAUCUACAAACACUGUGGUAUUUGGGACGAGAAGAUUUAACAGGGCUUCCCGAACGCGAAAUCCGAGGAUGGACUCGACCACAGAACAGUUAAAAGAGAUUAGAAUGACCUUAUGGCGGGGCAGGUGCGCUGCAUAUAUGAGCGAUGGACCAUAUUUCAACGAAAUUAGCUUGACCGGCGGGCAAUCGCGCUCUUAUUGUGAUAACGUAUGAAACUCUGUGAAAAUAAUGAAUUUUGCCGUCUUGCACCAUGAUAACGCGUCGAAAGAGAACCCUGGUGUGUAGUGUAGCCCGAGCAGCAAGUUUAUUUUCAUCGGAAAGUCCAAAAACCUUCAAAUAGGUACAAGAGAUAUUUGUCAUUAUUAAAUAGAUCAAAGUUUGAAUCCAUGCGUAUCGAUAGGGUUGUAUCUAAUUGUAAACAAUGUCGAUAUUAAGUAUAUGUAUACAUUUGUACAUACACGGAAUAGAUAAAAAGGGAUGAAAGGGUAAUGUGGGCGUAAAAGCCGCGCCAUCACUAUGAUUAAACAAUCAUACUUAGUUAGUUUUUUGACUGCUUGUACUUCAUGUUUAGAGAGCGUCAGGAACGUAGCUACGAUGAAUAGUGUUAUAAUGUCGUGUUUUGCUAUUAAUAACCAGUAAUAAUAUAUAUGUACAUUAUUUUUCAGAAAUUAUAUGUAUGCACUAAUAAGAUUCUGAGUCAAAUCUGUACAUAUAUGUAUUUGGAAAAUGUUACUGUAAUCUACGAAUUCAGUGUGUCAAAAAGGUUUUUACACGUUAAAUUCAUCAGUUACACUUUAAGAUAACUAAAAUAUAUAACAACUAAUACUAUACAAUAUAUAGUUACAAAACAUUGACCUAGGUUACCUGUUAUGUAAAGUAUUCUUAUGUUAUUAACAAAUAUUAUAUAAUUUAUAAUACAUUGAUCUAAAUUAUCGACAAAAAAUAUCGAUAGCAUUUUUUCAUUUGUCAACCACUAUGGUCUGACAAAUAUAGUUUGAUACUUUUGACAAUUCACUAG